UUUAUUUACACGUUGAAUUAGAAACAUGUAAACGUAAAUGAAUUUACUUACAAGUUCAAUUAGAGACAUGUAAACGUAAUCAUGUACCAGCAUCCGAGGAUUCAAACACCGACGGACAACUAUUUGAGGCGACCUAAAUCAAAUUUACUUGGACCAUUCAAGAUUCAAUGAUGCUUUAAAUAAUUGAUAAACAGAUAACUUGAGGUUAAGUACACUCCCAAUCUGUCACUUGAAAGACCAAUGGUGAUGCUCUCAAUUUUGGGUUCAUCCCAUGAAGCGCGAAAUAACAAAGCUAGUUGCAGAUGGACUCUACAGAGAAGCUCUCUGCUUGUACUCUCAACACCACUCUCUCUCUCUACCUCCCAACAAAUUCACCUUCCCUUCUCUCCUCAAGGCCUGUGGCAAGCUCAAAGCACCGGUUCAGGGCCAAAUGGUACACACCCAUAUCAUCAAAACUGGUUUUGGCAUAGACAUCUACACCUCCACAGCUAUCACGGACAUGUACCUGAAACUUCAUCGCUUUGAAGAUGCCCUCAAGGUGUUCACUGAAAUUCCUGAACCAAACUUGGCUUCCCUCAAUGUUGCGAUUUCCGGGUUCUUGCAAAAUGGGUAUUUCAAUGAAGCCUUGAGGGUCUUCACACUAGUUCGUGAUUUAGGACCCAGUACAGUUUCUAUAGCUAGUGUCUUGUCUGCGUGUGAAAGUGUCAAACAUGGCGAUCAAUUACAUUGUUUGGCUGUUAAAUUAGGAGUUGAGACUGAAGUUUAUGUUGGGACGUCACUUGUGAGCAUGUAUUGUAGCUGUGCGGAGUUGGUUUCUGCAGCAAAGGUGUUUCAAAUGGUUUCUGAUAGGAAUGUGGUGAGCUAUAAUGCAUAUAUUUCAGGGUUGUUGCGAAAUGGGGUUCCUCGGGUGGUGUUGGAUGUGUUCAAGGACAUGAGGGGAUUUUCAGGUGAAGUUCCCAAUUCAGUGACUUUCAUUUCUGUUAUCUCUGCAUGUUCGGAGCUUCAUUAUCUUCGUUUUGGCAGGCAGGUUCAUGGACUUGUUGCUAAAUAUAAUAUGGGUUUUGAUAUUAUGGUAGGAACUGCAUUAGUCGAUAUGUAUUCCAAGUGUGGUUGUUGGCAAUGGGCCUAUGACAUUUUCAAUGAACUAAAUGGCAGCAGGAAUUUGAUAACAUGGAAUUCAAUGAUCGUGGGAAUGAUGUCGAAUGGACAAAGCAACAAUGCCAUUGAGCUCUUCGUGCAGUUAGAAUCUGAAGGACUAGAACCAGAUUCCGCGACAUGGAAUUCAAUGAUUAGUGGGUUUUCCCAACUAGGGAGAGAUGUUGAAGCUAUCAUAUUCUUCAAAAGGAUGCAGUCAGCUGGUGUAAUGCCAAGUAUGAAAUCUAUCACUAGUCUUCUACCAGCUUGCUCGGCUCUGUAUGCUCUACGGUGUGGAAAAGAGAUUCAUGGACACACUAUUAGAACUGAUAUCUGUAGGGAUGAAUUCAUCUCUACUGCACUCAUUGACAUGUACAUGAAGUGUGGGCAAUCAUCUUGGGCACGCAAAGUUUUUGAUCAAUUCGAGACAAAGACCAGUGAUCCAGCAAUCUGGAAUGCAUUGCUUUCUGGGUAUGGAAGAAAUGGAGAAUAUGAAACUGCUUUUAAAAUAUUUGAUCAGAUGGUGGAAGAGAAGGUACAACCAAAUUCAGCAACUUUCAAUAUCAUUUUAUCAGUGUGCAGUCACACCGGUCAGGUUGAAAAGGGAUGGCAAGUCUUUAGGAUGAUGAACAGAGAUUAUUGCUUAAGCCCAACUCAUCAGCAUUUUAAUUGCAUGGUUGACCUCUUGGGUAGGUCUGGCCGUCUCAACGAAGCUUGGGAACUAUUACAAAAAAUACCCGAGCCUUCUGCUUCUGUUUUUGCUUCUUUACUUGGUGCUUGUAGGUGUCAUUCAGAUUCCAAACUGGGAGAAGAAGUGGCUGAAAAGCUUUUAGAGUUAGAACCCAAGAACCCAACUCCGUAUGUGAUAUUGUCCAACAUUUAUGCUGCACAGGGGAGGUGGAAGGAUUUGGAAAUGGUUAGAGAGACGAUGAAUGAUAGGAAAUUGAAGAAGCACCCUGGCUUAAGUUUGAUAGGAGUAACAUAAAGGAACCGCAUUUGCAUAAGACAUGGUGAAAAAAACCUUCCUCGACUGUCCUCUUGUCCUGAGCUAGAAUUGGCUUCAUCUCUGAUGGCUCAUGAAGUUUUACUGAUUUUGAUAACUGACGUUUCACUGAUUCUACAUUUAUUGCACUGCAAAUACAAACUAGUCAUCAAAAUGGUGAGGAGGCUCAGAAGCCAACUACUACUUCGUCCUCAAAUCGUGUGAAUGGACUUGGACGCAAGACUGUGGCUCGUGUACUGGUGUGCCAACCUUCAACUAUCGUGGGUUCUGAAGCAACGGUGUUCAUGAAGUCCAUCACUAAAUGUAAUUUUUUUAAGGAAGAAGGAAAUGGUCUCAAAUGAGUGAGCAAUUUUAUGCUGUGAAUACUUCUCCAGGAACAAAUUGUAUUUAACGAUUGUUUGGAAAUGAAAACCUAACUUUGAUGA